AUGGAUAAAUCUUCGCUUAACAAUAAUUUUACUUUUAAUAACCUUGUGAAUUUAGAGAAACAUUUAGAAUCCCUUAUUCAUAAUCUUCAUGAUCUCAGCAUAAUUAUUAAUAACUUCGAAGAUCCAAAAACAAAUCAAACAGUUUUCAACAAAAUAAAAGAUAUAAUAAACAAUUAUAAAUUUCUAUAUACAAAUAAAGUUUUUACGUCAGAAACAAUACCUCAAGAUAUCAUCGAUUAUAUAGAAGAUGGUCGGAAUCCAGACGUUUACACUAGACAAUUCAGUGAAUUAGUUCAGAAAGACAAUCAAUAUGUUAAUGGAAAAUCUAUUGCAGUAACAAAUUUCCGCAAUAUUCUAGCUCAAGAUAUCAAAAACAAUUUUCCAAACAUGAUAAAUGAAGUUGAAAAAAUACUAAAAAAUACCAAUAAAAAUUAA